AUGGGUUCUUUGCUUCCAGUGGACGGGCAUCGACCGAGGUAUUCACAAUUGUAUGUAUUCGAUCCCCACACUGAACUUGUCGAUAGGCUGCACCAUUUUUCGUUGCCGGAUGCUUCUCUGAGGCCUGAUAUUGUGUCUGGACUUAUGAAGUUGUUUGACGUUACCAACGAAUUAGUUAAGUCAUUCAGGAGAAUUCGCAGUCAACUUGCUGAUCCACUGACUACAAAUAUGAGGCUACGAAUAGUCGGGGCUAGAGACACUACAAAUCGACAGUAUGACCUCCCAACAGGUUCUGAACUGGCAGGCUUAAUUCCUGGGGAUUUUGUCCCUGACAAGGGCGAACGAGAUAUUAUUAUAGAUCACCGCUCUGAAGGUCUCAAAAUAAUUACAAGUGUCAAUCCUAAGUUUGAUGCAUUACAUUUCCCUGUGCUUUUUCCAUAUGGAGAAGAUGGCUUCCACGUCAAGAUACCGUAUGAUCCAGUACAUAACCAACCAACUGAUUGGAUAGAAAUUUCAGAAUCCUUUAUGAUCCAAUCUACAGAUGCACCUAUCGAGAAGAUGACUUCCGAAAUAUAUUCUGAUUUCUCUCAAAGAUUUCACAGUGCUUCAUAUUUGACUGAAAGAUCCAUAGUGACUCCAACAAACAGCAAUGUGACAGAGAUUAAUACUCAUAUGCUUUCUUUGGUGCCAGGCCCCAUACGGACUUAUUUUAGCAGUGACACAUUGCAUACUGAUGCAACCGAUGCAGGACGAAUUGAAGCCGAAUAUCCUACAAAAUUCCUCAAUACCCUGUCUUUCAACGGCUAUCCAGAGCAUCAGAUUGACCUCAAGGUCUUCACGCCAGUCAUGUUGUUAAGGAAUCUCAACCCAGCUAUAGGUUUGUGCAAUGGUACGCGUUUGAUGAUUGUCUUCUUGGGUCAUUAUGUUAUUAAGGGUCUCAUAAUGGGAGGUACAUCUAAUGGGAAGACUGUGGCUAUUCCCAGAGUUGCCCUUAACAUCAACGACAGUCGUUGGCCAUUUGUGCUUAAACGACGGCAAUUCCCGGUUCGCCUGUGUUACGCCAUGACCAUCAAUAAAAGCCAGGGACAAACAUUACAGAGUGUUGGUGUUUACUUACCGAAACCUGUCUUUAAUCAUGGUCAACUUUAUGUUGCUGUAUCUCGAGUCCGGACAGCUACAGGUCUACGGCUCCUCAUUGUUAAUGAACCAAACAUCCCCUCAAACUACACUCGCAACAUAGUGUACCAUGAGGCAUUUAGCGGUCUUGGAAACACAACAGAGCUCACCGUACCGCUACUGUAA